AUGCUUGGAGUUGAAAGUCAGAUGCUAAAAGAAAUUAUGAUGACUCUGUCUUAUGGAUUAUAUUUCAAUAUAUUCAGGUUUGUUUUCAGGAAUUUUAGUUCAGCAAGUGAGUUGGUCCAGAGAAAUAGGUACUUCCAUCUGCUUUCCAGGGGAGUUGAACAAGAUGGUUGGAGAUUUGUUCUUCUGGCUCGCUUCUCACCCAUACCCUCCUAUGUCAUUAAUUAUGCCUUGGCUGCUACAAAGGUUGGAUUUGUUGUGGAUUUCCUUCUCCCUACGGGAAUUGGCUGUCUGCCUAUGAUCUUGCAGAAUACAUCCAUUGGCAGCCUUGCCAGUGUUGCUGUCGCUUCAGCAUCAGGGUCUCAAAAAUCUCAGGUUUGGUCAUACCUUUUUCCCCUUCUUGGGAUUUUAUCAAGCAUUCUUAUCUCGUUGAGGAUCAAAAAGUACUCCAGUGAUAUUUCAGUGUCUGUUUCCUCUCCUUGUGAGGAUAUAAAACAAGACGGUAAUGACACCAUUGACUUAACAAACCUAGUCCAGUAG